AUGAGGAAGCCAUGGGUCAAUGCUCUUAUUGUCAAAUUACUGGGUAAGAAGAUUGGAGUAGGAUUCAUGAAGAAGAAGCUUGAGGGGUUCUGGGCUAAAUCGAGUGUUAUCACAGUUGCUGACUUAGGGAAUGAGUACUUCUCAGUCAAGUUCACGCGCCUUGAAUACCUUAACCUGGCUAUUAUGGGAGGACCUUGGAUUAUUCUGGGCCACUAUCUUGCAGACAGAAGGUGGGAGCCAGGGUUUGUUCCAGAAAAAGCCAACAUUCACAAAGUUGCUGCUUGGAUACAGCUUCCAGGUAUCCCUCAGGAAUACUUUGAGUUUCACUUCUUGAACUUUAUUGGUAACCUCAUAGGAAAAGUCCUUAAAGUGGACAAAACCACCACCAUUGGUGACAGAGGAAAAUUUGUGAGGGUCUGUGUUCUCUUAGACCUCUCGAAACCUCUAAAAAGAAAGUAUGAAGUAGAGGAUAAUAAGAUGAAAAUAGAGUAUGAAGGGCUCUAUCUCAUCUGUCUGCACUAUAGAAGGUACGGGCACAGUAAUACCACUUGUCCUGACCUUUGCAGACAACCCCCUCCUCCGAAUAAUCCUAAAGUGAGGGAGAUGUCCCCUGAAUCCGCUCUAGGAGUUGAACAAAAUUAUGGUGUGGGCCUCUAG